AUGGCUACCCCUAGCGUUCUCACCUUUGAUGCUGAGGGUCGGGCUGUUGACUUUGAGGUCUGGGUAGAUGAUCUACAGCUUUUCCUACAGUGCGAUAGGAAAGACGGUCUCUCACUGUUCCAUCUCACGUCUGGCGCCUCUGCUGCCCCUUCUGCCGAUGCUGACAGCACUGUUCGCUCACAGUGGGCCACACACGAUGCUGCUGCCCGUCUUGGUGUGCGUAGUCACUUGCCGUCCACUGAGCGCGCGCACAAUGGUCAGUACAAGAGUGCUAAGACCUUGUACGACGCUGUAGUUGCACGCUACUCUUCCCCUGCCAUUGCUGCCCUUAGCCGCCUCAUGCUGCCGUACCUGUUCCCUGACCUCGCCGCCUUUCCCACAGUCGCUGACCUCAUUACGCACCUUCACACUAGUGACACCCGCUACCGCGCUGCGCUUCCUGCUGAGGACCACUUCCUCUCUGUUUGCCCCACCACACUCACCGUUGACCUCCCCGAGGAGCACCUCUUGGCAGCUGAGAAGAGUAUAGUUGCUUCGGUCGGCGCUGCGUCUGCCUCUAGUGGGAGACGCCGAACCGGCAAGGGCAAGGGGGGCAAGGGCGCUGGAGGGGCUGGCGGGGGCGGUGGAGGUGGCGGUGGAGGCGGCGGGGGGAGUGGGGGUGGCGGUAGGAGUGGUGGCGGGGGUGGGAGCUUCGGUAAUGGCGGUGGAGGCAGAGGCGGCGGCGGCGGUGGCGGUGGGAGCGGAGGAGGAGGCGGUGGCAGCGGUGGCAGAGGUGGCGGCGGCGGAGGUGGAGCUGGUCGGGGUGGCUCUGUGCUGCAGAGCGGCUUCGGUGGUGGUCAGCGCCAGCAACAGCAGCGCACUCGUAAGACCCCGCCCCCCCAGCAGCUUCGUGAGUGGUACGUUGCGCGUCAGCGGGGUGGGGGUGCUGGUCCUUGUGCCUACGUCCUGCGUCCCGGCGACCGCACUGGUGAGCCGUGCGGUGGCCCGCACACCACCCAGCGCUGCUUCGGCCGCCUCACGGACGCUUGGCGUCUCCAGUUCCCUGACCCCACUGAGAUCCCCCGUUGGGGCGAGCUGCUUAGGUCGUGGGUUGCUAUCUUUGAUCUGGAUGAUGAUGCCAUUAUUGCUGCCAUGUAUGUUGUGUCUACUAGUGAUGAGGGUGACUUUCACCUGUGUGUUCCGCCUGACCCGGGCAUUGAGGCUGCUGCUCUAGGUGCUAGUGCGUCUGCUGCCCCAGUAACUUGUGCGUCUGCUCUCUCAGGUACCACGUCGGCUCAGGCCUUACACACCUUCGCCCUUGACUCGGGUGCUUCCCGCUCCUUCUUUCGAGAGCGCACCACGCUUACGCCGCUUAGUCGGCCAGUUGCGGUCUCCCUGGCGGACCCCUCUAGGGGUCUUGUCCUUGCCCACUUCUCCACUGUCUUACGGUGUCCGGCGGCCCCCUCUGGCACCCUGUCCGGUAUCUACCUCCCCUCGUUCUCUACGAACUUGGUGAGUGGUGCUGAUCUACAGGAUGGGGGGGUCGACCAGUUCACUCCUGCGAGUCAGCGGGUGACCCAUUAUACGUGUGCUCGGACGGGCCGACACUUGCCCACGUUCACCCGUCAGCCGGGGUCGAGCGUGUACACGCUGACUACUGAGUCUCCUCCGGUUCCUGAGUCUGGUCAGGUAGGUGCGUCGGGUCAGGUGCUUGCUGCAGCGUCCAGGUCUGGUUUUGAGUCUGCGCCCUCCUCGUGUCGUCUCCUGUCCCACCGGACUCUCCUCUGGCACCACCGCCUUGGUCACCCCUCCCUGCCUCGUCUCCGAGGCAUGGCCUCCCGUUACUUUGUCUCUGGUCUCCCCCUGUCCCUCCCUCCCCUCCCUCCGGGGCCUGCCCGUACCUGCGUUCCCUACGUCGAGGGGCGGCAGCGCGCUGCUCCUCACUCCUCCAAGUUUCCACCGACAGAGGCUCCGCUGCAGACUCUUCACAUGGACGUGUGGGGCCCAGCCCGCGUCCGUGGCCAGGGUCACGAGCGUUACUUCCUGUUGGUGGUUGACGACUACUCGCGUUACACCACAGUCUUCCCCUUGCGCAGCAAGGGUGACGUCACUGAGACCUUCAUGCUUCCGGCAUCUCCACAGCAAAAUGGUAUUGCUGAGCGCCGCAUUGGCAUGGUCAUGGACGUCGCUCGUACGUCCAUGAUCCAUGCGGCUGCUCCCCAUAUUCUGUGGCCGUUUGCGGUUCAGUACGCAGUGCAUCAGCUCAACCUUCAGCCCCGCGUCUCCUUGCCAGAGGCCUCCCCCACCUUGCGGUGGACAGGGAAGGUUGGCGAUGCGUCUGCGUUUCGUGUCUGGGGAUCUCGGGCGUUUGUCCGCGACUUGUCAGCGAACCAGCUGUCCACCCGUGCUAUUCCCUGCGUCUUCCUUGGCUUCCCCCCUUACGCGCCUGGUUGGCAGUUUUACCACCCCACCUUGCGCCGUAUUCUGUCCUCCCAGGACGUCACCUUUGACGAGUCGGUGCCUUACUACCGUCUCUUCCCCGACCGCACUGCGCCCCUCCCCCCGCCGCCGCUCUUCCUUGCGCCAGGUCCCCCCCCGGGUCCUGCCCCGUCAGGUGUCUCCCAGGUAGAUGCAGUCGAGCCUGUCGAGGUAGCUGUUGACUCUGGUGCUGCUAGGGGUGCUGAGCCUAGGGGUGCUGAGUCUGGGGGUGCUGAGCCUCAGGCCUAG